AUGUCUGCUCCUGGAUCAUACCGCCCGUCGCUACCACCUCGAACCCCCCAGCCGCCUGGGUAUACUGAUGCUUCUCUGGGAUAUCCGGAUACCGGCUAUCCACUGCUAUCUCCUGAAUCUCCUUCUCGGAAUCCGGCCUACGUGCCCAACUCUCGGCCUCCGCCGAUCCCUCCUAGACCUCCUGGCUAUGAAAUCACUACUCUAACUUGUUCUAAUGAACAAUUCCCUUUGGAUUUCUCUACCCCCCCACCUCCUCCGGGACCGCCUCCAGGAAUUGUGAGACCGGUUUCUGCCAACCCCCCGUCAUACCCCUAUCAUUAUCCCGAGGCACCUAGUUUAAACCAAGGCUGCAACUGCUCACGCGCACUAUCCUCCAAUCUCCACGGCCAGAAUGGUUCAGCGAGUAUCCCACUACCUCCGCCGAACUCACAUGACAAACCUGCCCUACAACGGCCAGCUAGUACCCAUUUUAUACCCCCAUCGCAUCCGCCGGAUAUAAGACAACAUCUGCCGAGUCCUGCUCCUCAAGUUCCCGCAAAGGAAACUAUCAAGAUACCGCCUCUAGUGCAUACAACAGCUAUAGGAACUCCCGAUGUUCGACCGUCGGAAAAUAACACGAGUUCUUCAGCGACGUCGCAGCCCGCCGAUGCGCUGAUAUUAUCUUUAUCUCCUAACCAGCUCCUGUCGCCAUCUUCAGAGUAUUCACAGGCUCAAUUCCAAUCAGAAAAUGAAAUUAAAGGCAAGCCUGUUGCACCAUCCGCAGAAGGCCUACCGGCUCUUGCGCCACCUGCGGUAACUUCCUGUAUUGACGAUCCGGUAACGUUCGCAACAGACUGGUACUGGCAUCCUGACGCACCUGGGUUUUUGAUAUGUUCGCGCUGCUACGUCGACUACAUCUACGGGACCAAAUUUUGGAAUCUUUUCCGAAAGGAGAGAUUCAGCGGUGGUGAACCGCGGAUAUGCCGGUUCAGCAAGCCGAGAAUGCGAAAUCACCUACUUAAAGAUGCUCUCGCAACAGGAUCAUUGGAGCCGGCGUUAGCUUGGAUGCGCUCCCGGUCACAAAUCCCCGACUGCAAAGGUAUAGAAGGUGUUAAAGGAAACGUCGGUAUCAAGUGGUACAUGGCGAGAUUAAACGAUAUACCAGAUUUUGUAUCUUGCGAAGCUUGCUACGAAGACCGUAUUUUAACUAACCACUUUUUUGUGAACUUUGAGCCGGCACAGUUACAGCCAGCAGAGGAUAUCUGGAGCUGCGACAUAGCCGUGCCUUUUAUUGAGAAGGAGUAUGAGGCCAGGGGCAAGGUCAACGACUGGGCCGGCUUCGUAAGUGAGACGAAGACGCGAAUGUCCAUAAAGCCUUGCCCACAACGCAACCUAGAGUUAACCUACGGCAGGAAAUGGUUCGUUCCUAAGCGUGGUCCUGAAGGUUUGGUGCUCUGCUCGGGAUGCUAUUGCGACCAGGUAAUUCACACUGGUGAAGAGGCGUUAUGGGAGGUGGAUGAAAAACUUACAAAAUCAUACGAUACCAGAGUCCGGUGUAGUAUGGGUAUCUUUAGUAUUAGAAUGGCUAUGGCUUGCGCGCACGACGUUAAUGACUUUCAGGUAUUCUGGAGAUCUAUACAUAAGCUCGCCAACGAGAAGUUUUGCGAUGACGACGGUAUCGAAGAUGGUAUUUGGUACACACUGCCCUCUGACCCGUCCAACUUCGGCAUCUGUGCCGGAUGUUACGCGGCCAUCGCAGAGUCCCUCAAUAUAUCACGUUUCUUUGUACCAAAACCUGAUGCACAGCCGGCUGGGACGAAAUGGCGAUGCUGUUUUAACCUCUCGCAUCCUCGAUUUAGGCAAUUCAUGCCACGGCUCUUAGAGAUGUAUCAUACACAUGAUCCGACCUCGUUCGACAAGUUUGCAUCAGUAUAUUGUUCUAUACCGGUGUGCCCUCGCGACGAAGAUGCGCAGAACAAGCACUGGUACGGAUGGAUGGACUGCACGAUUUGUCCGGAGUGCUAUCAAGACUUCGCGCAGCAAAGCCCUCUGGCCGCGAAUAUGGAACUCGACAACACGGUGUUAGAGACCAACACAAUGUGCGAAAUGUAUAGCCCGCGCAUGCGCGACAUUUAUAUAAAAUGUAGCAAGGCAUCGCCUCCUGACGUCAGGGAGCUACUCUCAUGUUCAGUGCAGCGGCGUCUAGUCUGGAUGCAGACAAUUCCACAAAUGCGGAUGAUGUUAUUCCAAGCAAAUAUGGCGCUGAAUCAGCAGCGGUUUCUUAACGUUACGAGCUCGCACUACAACCAGGUCGGCAUGCUGCAAGAUAUUACUUACGGACACACGCACACAUAUGGCGCUGCCGGAGUUGGUUAUGGCUACGCGAAUGAGAAUCUCCUGCAGGGCGCUGUGUAUGCCCAGCAAGCCGCGCAAGCUGGUGUUAGUGCUGCAAGUGGUAGCGCGGUUCUACUUGUCGGACAGCUAGAACAGCAGUGGAGAGCUGUUGAGUAG